AUGAACAACCCAUCAACCUAUGCUGAAUCUGAAAUUCAAUUUAUCCAGAGAAUUAUCAAAGAGAUAUUAGGUACUGAAUUGAAUCGCACUCAGUUAUUUGUUACUAAACAUCCAGUUGGAAUAGAUUAUCGUGUGGAUGCUAUAGAAUUGCUUCUAGAUAUGAAGUCAAACGAUGUUCGCAUGGUAGGGAUUCAUGGUCUUGGAGGAGUAGGUAAGACUACAAUUGCAAAGGCUAUUUAUAACAAAAUCGCUAAUUGUUUUGAAUUGAGUUGCUUUCUAGAGGAUGUCAGAGAAAAGUGUGGAACAUAUGAUGGCAUAAUCAAACUACAAGAGAUGCUUCUUUCUAACAUAUCACAGGGCACAUAUGUAAAGGUAGACAGUGUACCCAAAGGAAUUAUUAUGAUAAAGAAAAGGCUUUGUCGUACAAGACUUCUUUUAAUUCUUGACAAUGUCGAUGAGUCAGAAAUGAUAGUAAAUUUGCUUGGAGAAUGUAAUUGGUUUGCUUUAGGAAGUAGAGUCAUUAUAACAACAAGAGACAAACAAGUGCUAACCACUCUUGGAAAAGAUCAUCAAAUUUAUGAGCUUAAGGAAUUGAAUCAAUCUGAAUCUCCUGAACUCUUCAACCUAUAUGCCUUCCAAAAAAUUGAACCUGAGAAAGAUUAUUUAGAAGUUGCAAAGCAAAUCAUACAUUACGCCAAUGGCCUUCCAUUAGCUCUUAAAAUAAUAGGUUCUGAUUUGUGUGGAAAAAGUGUAUGUGAAUGGAAAAGUGCGUUAGAAAAGUAUAAAAACAUCCCUCACGAAAAAAUUCAAGAAAAGCUCAAAAUAAGUUAUGACGGACUUGGAAAGACUGAAAAGGAUAUUUUUCUAGAUAUUGCAUGUUUCUUUAAGGGAUUCUAUAGGAGUUAUGUAGAGAGUAUAUUAGAAGCUUGCAAAUUAUAUCCGGGUUAUGGAAUUGGAAAACUUAUUGAUAAGUGUCUCAUAACUGUUGGUCAAUCUGGAAAUUUGUGGAUGCAUGACUUGCUUCAACAAAUGGGGAGAGAAAUUGUUCAACAAGAAUCAGAAGAGCUUGGAAAACAUAGUAGGGUAUGGUGUUUUGAGGAUGCUUAUGAAAUACUGACUACAAAUAUGGGAUCAAGUAAAAUUCGGGGCAUUAAGUGCUACUCACCUCAGCUGAUAACGAUGCCAAUAGAGGCUAAAGCUUUUGAAAAGAUGAAAUAUCUCAAAUUUCUUAUGGUUCAUAAUGUACGCAUUUGUGAAGAACUCACAUUUCUCCCUAACGGGUUAACUUUACUUCAAUGGCUUGAAUUUCCAUUUUCCUUGCCAUCCAAAUAUUAUCCUCAACAACUUGUUGCACUUGAGAUGCCAAGUAGUCAUAUUAGAUUGGAGACAACAUUCAAAUUGGGAAUCCAAUUAAAAUAUUUAAAAUAUAUUGAUUUCAACAGGUGUGAGCUCAUUACAGAAUUACCUGAGUUGUGUGCCCCAAACCUAGAAAAAAUGGAUCUUUCCUAUUGUCAGAAUUUAGUUAAGGUUCAUGAGUCUGUUGGAUUUCUUGAUAAGCUUAAGAUAUGGAAACUCCAAGGUUGUGGAAAACUUCAAAUUCUUCCAAACAACCUAAGGUUAAAAUCUCUUGAGGAGUUUCUUCUUAUAGACUGCUUAAGGCUUGAGAAGUUUCCUAAUAUUGAUCCAGAAAUGAAAUGUUUAAGGCAAUUAUAUUUACGUGGGACUGGUAUUCGAGAGUUGCCUUCAUCAAUCAAGUACCUCACUAGGCUUUGUAACUUAGACUUAAACGAUUGCAAAAACCUUAGUUAUCUUCCAGAUAACAUUUAUAAAUUACAACUUCUUACCAUACUAGGUAUUCACACUGCCAAAUUGAGACAGACGCCCGAUUAUUUGGAUGGCCUUUCGAGAAAUGGGUUUUUGAUGUUGGAUUUCUUGAGUUUCAGGGGCAAUAAAAAUAUAAUUGAAUUAGAUUUUUUGAUGAAACCCGAGUACUUCCCUGUAUUGAAAGAUCUAGAUCUAAGUGCAACUAAUAUUGUUAGCAUCCCAGAAAGCCUUGGCAGAUUUACUACAUUAGAGUACCUUGAUAUAAGACGUUGCAAGCAGCUUCGGGAAAUUCCAAGGCUUCCACAAUCUGUACAAAUUGUGAAUGUAAGCAAUAGCUGUUCGUUGAAUCCACAAUCCUCAAGCAGAUUAUUGAAUCAGAUUGGAGAGUUUUUAGGGAUUUUUCCAAAUAAAGGUUGCAAGGGAACAAGAAGCAGGAUAUUAACGGAUCCACAAACAUCAUCAACCGAAAUAUUGGAUAAGGUUCGUCACUAUCGCUCAGUUUUGCCUGACAUGGACUCUAAACCUGAAGAUGAUGAAUUUAUAAUUAGACUACCAGGAACUGAGAUUCCAAAGUGGUUGAACUUAAACCAUGAGAGUGAUGGAAAUGUCAUAUCAUUCUGGGUUGGUCGCACAUUUCCAAAUAUUUUUGAUGUUUGUUUUGCUUUUGGACCGGUGAAAUAUCCACGGAUGUCUUCCUGUUAUGUUGACCUUUCCAUCAAUGGCUGUAAAAAAGAGAACCUUAGUUCAACUCCUACAAGUGAAUUCUCCGACCAUCUGUGGAUAUUUUCUUUAUCUAAUAACAAAAUGCAGAACCGAUUGAAUAAGUCAAACCCAUCUGAACAAAAUUACGUUGAGGUAACAUGUGAAAUGGAGGAUUGGGUUAAAAACCGUCCACGAAGGUGGGGGGUCCGUGUAGAGUGCAUCUGUUGUUCCCAAAAAUCUAAUGUUUUUCAGUUGCCGAGUCCAAGUGCUAGGCAUAGUUGUGGGUCUUCCUCAGUCCCUCUUUUACCCACUUCUAGUUGUGGCACUGAUAUGGAUCAAUGGGCUUUCAAUAAUGGAGGAGAUUCUAGACAUCAGCCAAGAAGAAACCAUCGACCACCACCCUAUGCCAGACGUCCCCAAAAACACUACCUGUCCCACUUCGGAUGGCUUCGAAUCCGAUAUCGUCUCUGGAAACGGAGCUCUCGUCCAACCCGAAUUCCAACUACAACGCUCCAGUCCAGGGCUCUAAUAAGGGAAUUGGAAGAGAUAGAUCCCAGGUCUUUCAACAAUGGAGAAGAAGAUUCAGGGCUUUCAAUGGCCCACACUUUUGUCGAUGAUUGUUCCAACUCCAAGUUGUGUCCACCAUCAAAGUGGACAAGAAAAUCUUGAUUGAAUUCGAUGCCAAGGAUUGUGGCUCAAGUAUUUAUUGCAAACACUUGAAUCAGUAAUGAUGACAGAACCACAACUUCAGCAUUGGUUGGUUGAUAUCUGUAGCAGUUGAUGAAAGCAAUUCCUCAUACAUUGGAAUUUUGUGCCCAAAAAUGAUCAUUCUGUUCCCUAGGAUCCUCUGUUCUGAUAUUUUGAUGACUUCGUUCUAGAUGGAAUUGGGUACAGAUAUAAGUCUUUUCUUUGGUAGUUGAUGUCCUUAUUUUGUAGACAUUAGAAUGAAUCUCUAUAUCUGCAGCUAUGAACAAGUCUCCUAUUAAAAAGUAAGCAUUGUUCAUGAGCAAAUAGUUAUGCUUGUAUGUCCUGUACAAAAAAUAUACAUGGCUUUAACAUUCUUAUAAAUAAAGAUAUUGUGGAGAAGAGGUCGCUUAUUACCAAUGAGCUAUAGUUCAAUUGGUACUUCCUCCUUCAAUAAUAGUGGAAUGGAGGGUGAGGUCAUGGUUUCAAUAGGAGAAAAGGAUGAACCUGAACUGCAGCUCCAAGGGCAACAACUUCAUUAGGAUUUACUGUCACAAUGGGAUUUUUUCAGUCAUCUUCCUCACCAGUUCUUGAAUAGCUGGGAUGCAAGUUAAACCACCAACUAGGAUUGCUUCAUCUAUAUCUUUGAAGGAAAGCUUUGCAUCACUCAAGGCAGUUUCAACCUGUCCUUGAAAGACAAGCAAGCUCUAUGUCUCACAGAGAGUGCUGAGAAGUGAAAAUGGAGCUAUCAUCUCUGACUUAGACCAA